CGCCGGGCUCCCGCGGCCGCGGCGCCCCGGAGGUAAUCAUUGCCAAAUGAGGAGGAAAGGACGAUGCCACCGAGGCUCUGCAGCGAGGCACCCGUCCUCCCCGUGCAGUGUUAAGCACUCCCCGACGCGCGAGACGCUGACCUACGCGCAGGCGCAGAGGAUGGUGGAGAUCGAGAUCGAGGGGCGCUUGCACAGGAUCAGUAUCUUCGAUCCCCUUGAGAUCAUACUAGAGGAUGACCUCACCGCGCAGGAGAUGAGCGAGUGCAACAGCAACAAGGAGAACCGCGAGCGGCCGCCGGUGUGCCUGAGGAGUAAGCGGCACAAGAACAGCCGCGUCAAGAAGAAGCACGAGGCGCUGGUCAGCAGCCAUGGCGCGCCGGCCUCGGCCAGCGCCCUGCCCGAGCCCAAGGUGCGCAUCGUGGAGUACAGCCCCCCGUCCGCGCCCCGGAGGCCCCCCGGGUACUACAAGUUCAUCGAGAAGUCGGCGGAGGAGCUGGACAACGAGGUGGAGUACGACAUGGACGAGGAGGACUACGCCUGGCUGGAGAUCGUCAACGAGAAGCGCAAGGGCGACUGCGUCUCGGCCGUGUCGCAGAGCAUGUUCGAGUUCCUGAUGGACCGCUUCGAGAAGGAGUCGUACUGCGAGAACCAGAAGCAGGGGGAGCAGCAGUCGCUCGUGGACGAGGACGCCGUGUGCUGCGUGUGCAUGGACGGCGAGUGCCAGGACAGCAACGCCAUCCUCUUCUGUGACCUCUGCAACCUGGCCGUGCACCAGGAGUGCUACGGCGUGCCCUACAUCCCCGAGGGCCAGUGGCUCUGCCGCCACUGCCUGCAGGCCCGCACCCGGCCCGCGGACUGCGUCCUGUGUCCCAACAAGGGCGGCGCCUUCAAAAAGACGGACGACGGCCGUUGGGGCCACGUGGUGUGCGCCCUGUGGAUCCCGGAGGUGGGCUUCGCCAACACGGUCUUCAUCGAGCCCAUCGACGGGGUGAGGAGCAUCCCCCCUGCCCGCUGGAAGCUGACGUGCUACCUCUGCAAGCAGAAGGGCGUGGGCGCCUGCAUCCAGUGCCACAAGGCCAACUGCUACACGGCCUUCCACGUGACGUGCGCGCAGAAGGCCGGCCUCUACAUGAAGAUGGAGCCCGUGAAGGAGCUCGCGGGCGGGACCACCACCUUCUCCGUGAGGAAGACUGCCUACUGCGACGUGCACACCCCUCCAGGCUGCACCCGCAGGCCUCUCAACAUUUACGGGGACGUGGAGGUAAAGAACGGGCUCUGUCGCAAAGAGGCCUCCGUGAAAGCCGUCAGGUCCUCGUCCAAGGUCAGGAAGAAGGCCAAGAAGUCCAAGAAGGCCCUGGCGGAGCCCUGUGCGGCGGGCCUCCCGACCGUGUGCGCCCCGUACAUUCCCCCCCAGAGACUGAACAGGAUUGCAAACCAGGUGGCCAUUCAACGAAAGAAGCAGUUUGUGGAGCGAGCCCACAGCUACUGGCUGCUCAAGAGGCUGUCCAGAAACGGCGCCCCCUUGUUGCGGCGGCUGCAGUCCAGCCUGCAGUCCCAGAGGAGCACACAGCAGAGAGAAAACGAUGAGGAAAUGAAAGCUGCCAAAGAGAAGCUCAAGUACUGGCAGCGGCUGCGCCAUGACCUGGAGCGUGCCCGCCUGCUGAUUGAGCUGCUACGCAAGCGGGAGAAGCUGAAGCGCGAGCAGGUGAAGGUGGAGCAGAUGGCCCUGGAGCUGCGGCUGACCCCGCUCACGGUGCUGCUGCGCUCCGUCCUGGACCAGCUGCAGGAGAAAGACCCUGCGAGGAUUUUUGCACAGCCCGUGAGUCUGAAGGAGGUGCCAGAUUAUUUGGAUCACAUUAAACAUCCCAUGGACUUUGCCACAAUGAGGAAGCGGUUAGAAGCCCAAGGGUAUAAAAACCUCCAUGAGUUUGAGGAGGAUUUUAAUCUCAUUGUAGAUAACUGCAUGAAGUACAAUGCCAAGGACACCGUGUUCUAUAGAGCCGCAGUGAGGCUGCGCGAUCAGGGAGGUGCUGUCCUGAGGCAGGCCCGGCGUGAGGUGGACAGCAUCGGCUUGGAGGAGGCCUCGGGAAUGCACCUGCCUGAGCGGCCUGUGGCGGCCCCUCGGCGGCCUUUCUCCUGGGAAGACGUGGACAGGUUGCUGGACCCGGCCAGUAGGGCCCACAUGGGCCUGGAGGAGCAGCUGAGGGAGCUGCUGGAGAAACUUGACCUCACUUGUGCUAUGAAGUCCAGCGGCUCACGGAGUAAACGGGCAAAGCUACUGAAAAGAGAGAUUGCGCUCCUUCGAAACAAGCUGAGUCAGCAGCCCAGCGAGCCCCCUGCGCCGGGGCCGGGGCCGGGGCCUGGAGGCCCAGAAGAGGACACCGCUGGCCCAGGGCAGGAGCCAGGGGACGAAGUCCUUCCGAGGUUGGAGACUCUUCUGCAGCCAAGAAAAAGGUCGCGGAGCACCUGCGGAGACUCCGAGGUGGAGGAGGAGUCCCCGGGGAAGCGUCUGGACGCGGGUCUCACCAAUGGCUUUGGGGGCUCCAGGAGUGAGCAGGAGCCAGGCAAGAAAGCCGCUCCCCGGCGGCGCUGUGCCUCUGAGUCAAGCAUCUCGUCCGGCAGCAGCCCGCUCUGCGAGUCCAGCUUCAGUGUGCCCAAGUGUGGGCGCGGCAAGCCUGCCCUGGUGCGGAGGCACACGCUGGAGGACCGCAGUGAGCUCAUCUCGUGUAUCGAGAAUGGCAACUAUGCCAAGGCAGCCAGGAUUGCGGCUGAAGUGGGUCAGAACAGCAUGUGGAUAUCCACGGAAGCUGCAGCCUCUGUCCUGGAGCCUCUGAAGGUGGUGUGGGCCAAGUGCAGCGGCUACCCCUCCUACCCGGCCCUGAUAAUUGACCCCAAGAUGCCACGUGUGCCUGGCCACCACAAUGGUGUUACCAUCCCAGCGCCCCCCCUGGACGUGCUGAAGAUCGGGGAACACAUGCAGACCAAGUCGGACGAGAAGCUGUUUCUGGUUCUGUUCUUUGAUAAUAAGAGGAGCUGGCAGUGGCUUCCGAAAUCCAAAAUGGUUCCGCUCGGCAUCGACGAGACCAUCGAUAAGCUCAAGAUGAUGGAAGGGCGGAACUCGAGCAUCCGCAAGGCCGUGCGCGUCGCCUUUGACCGGGCCAUGAACCACCUGAGCCGCGUGCACGGGGAGCCGGCCAGCGACCUCAGCGACAUCGACUGAGCUGCCCGCCCGUGCCGGCCGCGGGCCCUGUCCAUAGUGUUCAUACGCUGUACAGACUUGUAUAUUGUUCAAAACUUAACUUAUUCUGAUUUUUAGUCAUAGUUCUUUAAUUCUUUUUCCCCGGGGAAGGGGGAGGUUUUGGUUCCAAGUUUUGUACGCUCCACCUGGGCCACGCCUCGCGCGUGGGCGCUACCUGCCGGCUGUGCCCUGGCCUCGCUCGCUUUGAUCUGUAGCUUUUUUAAAAAAAGACUUUUGAAUGUUUAGUAAUUUUGUAAAUUCUACUCUUUACACAGAGUACCACUUAUUUAAUAAGAUGGGAUGUAAAUUUAUGAUGAUAAAUGUGUAUUUUAGGAAGAAAAUGACAUUAUUUUGAAUGGUACUUUGUGCAAAGAGGUGCAACGCCGGCGUGUGCGGCCUGGGCCCUGGGGUGGGCAGCUGCCCCCUCCACUUCCCCCC